UGAUUUAUGUACACCUUAUGUUUGAGACAGCGUAAAUAGAGGAAAAUUGUUAUAAUGUAUUUAUAGCUGCAAGUUACAUUUUAAAAGCAUUUAUUUAAAACCUCUACAUUAUAUUAGCAUAUAGAUGUGAAUAUAUUAUUUUUCUGUAUCAUUUUAAGAUACAUCACAGAAAAUGGCAAAGAAUUAUGACUACUUAUUAAAAGUUUUACUGGUUGGAGACAGUGACGUGGGUAAACAUGAAAUUCUUUCAGGAUUAGAAGAUGCGUCAUCUGAAAGCCCAUUUUGCAGCGGCAAUGCUUACAAAACAACAAUAAUAUUGCUUGAAGGAAAACGUGUAAAACUGCAAUUAUGGGAUACAUCAGGCCAGGGAAGAUUUUGCACUAUAAUAAGAUCUUAUUCUAGGGGAGCUCAAGGCAUUAUAUUAGUGUAUGAUAUAACAAAUAAAUGGAGUUUUGAUGGUAUUGACAGAUGGUUGAAGGAGGUAGAAGAGCAUGCUCCAGGUAUCCCAAAGGUACUUGUAGGUAACCGUCUACAUCUUGCUUUUAAAAGACAAGUUGCAGCCAAGCAGGCAGAAUUAUACGCAUCUCGCAAUAAUAUGUCUUGUUUUGAAAUAUCUUCCUUGUGCGACUUUAAUGUGAGAGAAUCAUUUUGCGAGCUGGCCAGAAUGGCGCUUCACAGAAAUGGCAUGGAAAGAAUUUGGCGCAGUAAUAAAGUUUUAUCUUUGCAAGAACUGUGCUACCGGACAAUUGUAAGGCGAACUAGCGUUUACGCAAUAGAUUCUCUGUCACUACCGCCAUCGAUCAAAUCAACUUUGAAAUCUUAUGCUUUAACGACUUCACAAUGUUUUAAUACUUUAAGAUUUAACUCAAGAUGUAUAAAUCAUAAAACUAGUUCGAGAUUCAAUCGUAACAGCUGUAACAUUGCGUGAUUAAUGAUUUUCAUUUCGCUUUAAGUAUUCAUUGGAAAAAAAUAAUUUGUAUAAGAUGUACUUUAGUAUAAUAUUGUAUAUAUAGACAACAUAUUGCGUCGUGUUUUCAGAAUGCGAAAAUAUGUUAAACUUUUACAUUCAAUAAAUAUAUGCGAAUUUCCAAAUAAAU